UUCCGUAGUAAACAGUGAUGGCUUCCUCCGAGACUCAAUCUCGCUUCGGUCAAUCUGUGAAAGGUUUAUUGUCAGAUAAAGUCAGUUCUUGCAGUGGAGAUAUGAUCGCUCUAACCCGCCAAGUGAUAAAGGGAUCCCGGAGCCAAGAACUACUCAGUCAAGCAGCGAGAAAUAUGGUUAUUCAAGAAGAUACAAUUUUGCACUCUGAAGAUAGUCUACGGAAAAUGUCUAUUAUAACGACGCACUUGCAAUAUCAGCAAGAAGCCAUUCAAAAGAAUGUAGAACACUCAAAAAACCUGCAGGACCAGCUAAGACGCUUGAUGAAAUAAUAUAGCUGUGGACAGCCUCCGUCAUGGUAUUUCAUUGACUUUCAGUCACAGAUACAAACAUUGUAAAGUGCACAUGGCUCAUAUUGCAUAGUAGUUACUCUUUCAAAAGAUGCAAAGACCAACCUCCUCCUGUGCUAUUGUGACCUGCUCUUGGAUGGCUCUCACAAAACAGCUGCAAGACCUUCAAGUGAAGGCUUUUCUAUUGGAGAUUGUUUCCAGUUAUCUUUUUUUUAUCUUGUUUUAAAGAAAUGAUAUGCCAAAAAUACUGUAUGUUGUUGUUAAAUUAUGUAUGUCUUGUUUUGUGAUGUUUUUGUUGUGCCAUAUAUUGACUUAAAUAUAUUUGUAUAAAAUUUCACACAAAAACAUUUCUGCACGAUUUUCCUAUUAAUUAAGGAAGGAUAUUUUUCAGUCUAAGCUUUGUACAAAUUAAUUAAAUGUACGUGCACAAGCAAGGCAAAUGGAAGAAACAAGUCCUUUGUGGAACGUGCAGCACAGGAAUACAUGAUAAAGUGAAUCCAACAUUCAGUAUCAGCAACUCCUCUGCAAGGGCAAGCAGAUGGAUGUCCUAGAGCGAGGCCUUGAGCAUAACUCUUCAGGAUUCCAACACAGAGUUUUGACUUACAGCAAGUCUGCAAGACACGUGUGCAUGUACAUUUACAUGACAGUCAAAAUAUAAGCAUGAGGAUAAAAGUCUACACUUGUUUGCUUGUAACACAUCAGAUGGAAUCAAUUGAAUUUAUAAUAUCUUUUUAAUAAAAAAUUUCCCAUGAAAACAAUAGGCAAUUAUGAAAAACAUUCAUGCAAAAUUGUUGAAAUGUAAUGAAAAAAUGUGUGGCAGAUCAACAGCUAAUAAAUUCCAAACAUUUAAUAAUCGGUCUUGCACUCUGCACGUCAGACCAUUCAAACUCACAAGAUCAUGGGAGCUAGCAAUGCUAACCUUGAGCUGAAAAGAAUGUUCUGUACCUCCUUAGUUCCACUUAUCAGUGCCCAAGGUCCCUCUUACAACCCACAAAGAGAUUGUGGAAUAGCGUGUUGAAGUUAAAUGUUAGUAUUACACUGUUUUAUUCAAAAUAGAUAAUGCCUUAUGACUUAAAACAUCCAAAAUAUGGAUAUUCUUUUAUUUAUUUAUUUUAAGUUGAGUACUAUGUGGAACAUUAACAGCUUUCUUGUGGGAAGUGAUAACCCCCCUUUUCAGUUUGUAUAUCACAUAGAUUUUUGCUUAAUUUUGUAAAUAUAUUUAAAAAAGUAAUUUAGGUUUAGAAAAGUGGCAUUGAGUGUUGCAGUGUGCAUCUAAUGUAAAUAAAUGUAUCUAAUUAUAAAUAUUUAGAGAAUUA